AUGGCGCUUCAAAAUGAACCUGAUUCACCUUCUCUAAAUGAAGAUAUAGAACUACAGAAUUUUGAGAAUAUAGAAUCGAGGCCAGUUCCCAAGGAUAACUUAAUGAAUGAAGACAAUAUGGCACAUUCAGGUCCUAAUCUUGACCUAUCACCACAAGAAACACUGAAUGAAGGGGUAGAGAGAUCUAACUUAUCACUUAGAUGGAAAAUUUUAGGGCUUAUUUAUUUCAUUUGGGAUGGUCCCUUGUAUCCAGAGGACAACCCGCCAAAGCAGAUUGAGCGUCUAACCAAAGUUGAAGAUUUUCCUACAAAGUUAAGUUCAAGGAUUCCUAAACCUCUAAGAACUGCAUUCCUUGGUUUUUACUUUAUCUUUUGGUUUGGAUUAUGGUAUAGUGUCUUAGUUCCUUACUUAACUAUCCCUCCUUAUCUGAUUGCAGAUCGUGAUGUUGAAGUGAUCACUCUUUCAUGCCAGAGAAACUCCGAUUUCUGGAAGGGGAAGAAUCAAGCGUGUGGGCUAGGGGGAGAGGCAUGUCCCUCCUUGAAACAUGAAGGUGAUAUCGUCUUUAGAUGUCCUGCCCUUUGUGACAGAGGGAGCUGGACAUAUUCUUAUAUACCAGUUGGUGAUCAAGAUAUAAAAUAUAGAGGCUUCUUCAUCGGUGGGGGUGACGAAAUCUCUCAUAAACUACAAGAUACACAGGUUUCAAAUCCUUAUCGAUCUGAUUCCUUCCCUUGUGGUGCUGCAGUUCAUGCUGGUCAAGUAUCUCCGUUUUUUGGAGGUUGCGCUAGAAUAUCAUACGAAAGCGGUCCGCAACCUUCAUUUCCAUCCACGGAGGGCCAUUAUGGGGUGAGUGAUUCUAUACCGUUCCUAUCUUUUUUCCAAAGUUCCUUCUUCUUCAAAAAAUUGAAUGCCAAUUCAAAUGAUAGCUUUAACUAUUGCCAUGAUCCGAGAUUAUUAAUUUUAGUUCUUAACAUCAUUCUCGGAAUACCUAUUGUAUAUUUGGCGAGUGGUCUUGUCACAUUUUGGUCCAUAAGCAUUGUGGGGUUUUGGACUAUUUGCUUGGCUACAGACCCACCCAGGACGGUUGAUCCCUUAUACCACGAAGAUUUUGCGGAUUUAAUCUCAGUUGGUCUAGAAAGAUUCUUACCAUCUUGUUGCGUCUUGUACGUUCUCUGGAAGUGUUCUUCAAAGACGACAUUAAGUGACCCAAAUCAUGAUAGUGAUUUCAAACCAUCUCCAUUGCACAGACUAUUUUUAUGGUAUCCAUUGUUCUGGCUAGGUGUCUUAAACAAUAUAACCUUUGACAGGUUGCCUGUGGAUAGACUUACAUUACACGAUUUAAGUACCCAACCUGGUUCUUUAUUUGCAGUCGGAUCAAUAAUAUUGACAAUUGUGAUCUGCGCUUUCAUACAAGCUUACAAGAUUUGGCUCUCGGGUAGAUUCAGGCAAUACCUAAUGAUAUACUUAAUAUUUGUCUUGAGCCUCAUUCUCCUUGCAAGUUUACCAAACUUAACAUUGAGAAUUCACCACUAUAUUCUUGCAAUGCUCUUGAUACCUGGAUGUGCUACCAGAGGAAGAACGGCCCUAUUGUUCCAAGGUAUUUUGUUAGGAUUAUUUUUGUCGGGAGCCGCAAGGUGGGGAUUUGCUUCUAUAGUGGAAACUGCUAAUGCAUUGAGGCGAGAUGAUCCAAGUGGAGUCAUUCUCCCACCUUUAAUUACCGGUUAUAAUUCCACGGGGUAUUUAACUUGGUCCGUUCCUUCCUUUGCCACUGAGCUUCAGCAAAAGUUGAAUGAAAAAUACGACAGUGUUUCGAUUUUGGUAAAUGAUGUGGAAAGAUUCGUUGGGGAUGACGUUGGUUCAGUUAGUUUGGAGCUGCUCAUUGACAACUCUGAUGAUUUGCGAGAUUAUAUGGACCUUGCUCUCAAACAUGGCUCGACUGAUGACGACGGAAACAUUAGCAUGUUCUUAAGAAUUGGCCGCAAAAUAGCGAAUACUAACUAUUACAGUGAUUUCUCUAAAGCAGCAAUACUAAAGUGGCCAAGUGGUGAGUUUGAGCUCCCACAAUUAGGCAUUACAUAG